AAAUAUGCAUGAAGAUGGGUUAUAAAGAAAAUUGCUAACAUAUCAUUAGAAAUGAUCUCUUGUAAACUUGUGCAUUUUGAACCGGAUGAAAGGGGUUUGUCUAGAUGCCGAAUGAGCAAAAUAUUGUCCCUUGUCGCACGCCGUACAUUUACAUCACUGAAAACUGAAGCGGUUGCUACCAGCUUCUCAGAAAGGAGUCAAUUGCCGUAAUUGUACAUAAAUCUGGAUUAUCAUCAGCUGAGGAAGUGCGUUGUUGAUCACCUCUGCGUUUGUCAACAUGGUAAACGUCCACAAAGGAGUCCUGGUUGAAUGUGAUCCUGCCAUGAAACAGUUCCUCCUCUACCUCGACGAAACCAUGGCUUUGGGAAAGAAGUUCAUCUUAAAAGAUCUGGAUGACACGCAUGUUUUCAUCCUGGCGGAGGUGGUUCAAAUCCUGCAGGAAAGAGUCGGCGAGUUAAUGGACCAGAAUUCAUUCCCCAUCACACAAAAAUAAAUCCUGUUCUAUGGACUGGUUGGCAUUGUUUUGGGGGUUUUCAACUGGAAGAGCUGCCGAUUCUUUUGAUGAAAACUCAUUUACAUUGGAGCUGUUUAGUAAGUUUCUCUUUAUGGUGUUGGAUUACCUAAAGCUGAUAAGUGUUGCAUAGAAAUAAUUCUCAAAGGAAAAGAGACAAAACUUCUCAAUAAUGCUUCUUUGGAAGUGAACCGUGACAGAACAUUUGGAAAUGGCAAUUAAACCCAAGGAAGAAAACAACCAGAAAUUGGCAUCAACAUUGCUUUAUUUUAUUUUUAAAAAGUUGUUUGUAAAUAAAAUUACUCCACCUUGAGACAAAGUGUUCUCUUUUCAUAGAAAAUACAAUGUACAAGCAUCCCCGAUACCCCCAAUAGAAAAAGAUGUUCCAUUUUUGUUGUAUAAGGACUGUCUCAUUUUUAGGGUAUUCAAGAACUUAAAAAUUAAAUGUUCUUUAAAAACUG